ACCCUGACCUACCGAAACCCACAGCUCAACGUUCAAAACAACUUGGCCUCAGAUCAACCCUACCCGGGGAAGCAAAUGAAUGUUGUCUGGUGGUUGUCUGCUGGCCCUUUCCUUGAGAACUGAAGCAGCUCUUCACCAGGGGAAGCAGUUGGAGCAAUGGCAGAAGAAAUGGCUGACUGUGAUUGGAAACUUGCCUCUCUGGGCUCUCUAAACUCCUCCUCACCCAUUGGCGCGGCUAAUACCAGUGCCAACAACAGUACUGGAAGUGGCCAGAGACGACAUUUCUCCACACUGAUGAGUCACCGUCGUCCGGUUAUGUCAACAUUGGUACGGCCUAACUCAACCAGUGCGGGUCAGGGCACAGCAGGUCAGAUGGCGGUGGACGUACAGGGUCUUUCUCCUCGUGUUCAGGAUCUGCACCGAAGGGUCAAGGAGUUCAUUCAGGAACACGUAGUGCCUCUGGAGUUGGUCCGCAAGCAGCGUGAGGAGAGUGGCGCCCCCCGCUGGGAGGUCAUGCCCGAACUGGAGGCCGCCAAGGAGAAGGCAAAGGCGGCCGGCCUGUGGAACUUGUUCUUGCCCAUAGAGUCGGACCCGGGGAGCAAGUACGGAGCUGGUCUCACCAAUCUGGAGUAUGCCUUUCUGUGUGAGCAGAUGGGCAAGACUUUGUUUGCCCCUGAGGUGUUCAACUGCAGCGCCCCAGACACAGGUAAUAUGGAGACCAUUGUACGCUAUGGCACUGAGGAACAGAAAGAGAAAUGGCUGAGACCUCUCCUGGAUGGAAAGAUCCGCUCUUGCUUUGCAAUGACAGAGCCUGCGGUUGCCUCGUCAGAUGCCACAAAUAUUGAGUCCUCGAUCAGCAGAGAUGGAGAUUCCUAUAUCAUCAACGGGCACAAAUGGUGGACAUCAGGAGCUCUUGAUCCUCGUUGCAAGAUCUGUAUCUUCAUGGGCAAGACAAACAAAGGUGCAGCUAAGCAUCGCCAGCAGUCUAUGAUCCUGGUACCCAUGGACUCUCCAGGAAUCACAAUUGUUCGACCGCUUAAAGUGUUUGGAUAUGAUGAUGCACCAGAGGGUCAUGGAGAGGUCAUUUUUGAUAAUGUCCGAGUGCCAGCCUCCAACAUCUUGCUGGGAGAAGGUCGAGGUUUUGAGAUUGCUCAAGGUCGCUUGGGCCCUGGACGCAUUCACCACUGCAUGCGACUCAUCGGUUAUGCUGAGCGGGCUCUGUCUCUUAUGGUGGACAGGACCAUGAAGCGUGUGGCAUUUGGCAAGCCACUGGCUGCUCAGGGAACCAUCCAACAGGAUGUGGCCAGGUCCAGAAUCGAGAUAGAGCAGUGUAGACUUCUGGUGCUGAAAGCUGCAUACAUGAUGGAUUUGUAUGGCAACAAGGUGGCUGCUCCAGAGAUCGCUAUGAUCAAAGUUGCUGCUCCCAACAUGGCUUUGUCUGUCAUUGAUCGGGCCAUACAGGCUCACGGUGGAGCGGGAGUGAGUGAUGAUUUCCCACUGGCUUACCUCUACGCUGGGGUUCGAACCCUUCGCUUCGCAGAUGGUCCUGAUGAAGUUCACCAACGAGCAGUGGCCAGGAUAGAGUAUGCCAAAGUGGCAAAGGCCAAGUUAUGAGCAUUGAUUGAAUAUCGCCUUAGUCACGUUCAACGAGAGGUCGGAUUCAACGAGGACAACAAGCCGGUCCAGGCAACCUCGUUGAAUGCGACACCCACUGAAUGUUUUGUCCUGUCUAGAACAAUAAACAGUGAUUUUUAAAAUUCAGAUGGAGAGUACUGAAGUGAUGACUGUUAGUUUGUUUUAUUUUCUGAAUGUAAGUAUGACGGACGAUAUUCGAAUUUUGCUCUGCACUAUAAAACUUUGUAGCUGUUUAUUUAGUUAAGAAGUGUUACCUCAGUCAGAGUCAGGAUUCAAUUAAUUAGAUUUUUAAAAAACACUUGUAUUGUGGGUUCUGCUUUUACAAUUGGUGCAUGAAGAAUUCUCUGUAGAUAGUUAAAUCCAGCUAAAGCUUUCCCCGAGGUUUUAUGUACCCCACAUAAUUUAGCAAAAUUUGAUCAUUUUUUUUGGGCACAAUUUCCGAUUAUUUUCUUUAUCAUUCUUUGUUAAAAUUAACAGAAUUGCAUAAUUUCACAUUUUUUAGCUCAGUUUGCAUAAUAUCAGAAUUUGUUUUGCUUAAAACCGUGGGGACAGCUAAAGGAAGCCUCACAUAUAUGAGCCUGCGCCAGAGCCUCCAAAGCCUUAAAAAAACACUGCAUGUGUGGCCGAAAUUUCAUGUUGUCAGAAUCAGUGGAGAAAUUCAGGCAGCGUCAUAUCGGCCUGGGGUUGAGUUAAGUGGUGGGGUCAAAAAAAUUAUCUAAAAAAACAAAACAUGUGCAUUUGAUUUCAGAUUUAAAAAAAAAUACCCAUCCUGAGCCGACUGCAAAUUAAUAAGACAAAAUGGAGCUAUCCCCAGUCGUGACUUGUGCAUGUGUAGUCUACUAACAAAUAAUUCUGGGUGGAGGCUUGACACAAGGCACAUUGAUGGGCUGUCAUCCAUUGGCCCAUGUCUCUGUGACCACCUGCUUUAGGAUUCUAUUUAUGCUCAUAAAUUAAAUGUUGCAAAUGUAUUAUUACAAUAUAUCUAAAAACAUGGAGUCCACUUAAACCAAAACAAUGGCCAACCAAACAAGCCAAACAAAAUUCGGUGGUCACAUAGACUAGGGUUUAAGUAAGUCGACUCCACAUUCUAUACUACAACACAACCAUUUUUGCUUUUGCUCCAGUGUGGAUAAGGAAAAAAAUAACGAUGAGAGAAUUCGGGGGGGGGGGGGGGGGGGGGGUUUAUGUCAAAUCAUGCACACAAGUUAAUCAUUCAUGUUCAGAGAAUUGUGAAGCCUCAUGAUAUCAAUAUAGUGGAACAUUUAUUUUAUAGGAUUUCUCUUUUUAUUUACAAGAAAAAGAAUUAUUAUUACAUUUUUGAGCAACAUUAUACAAGUGUAUUCUAUUAAAGUACGGAAUAAAAUAUGACCUUUCACUUUCAUGUGUCUAGGUUUUAUUUUAACAUUGCUGAAUGUAAAAUAUGUUGACACAGACUUAUUUAGAUAAUAAAAGAAUGAAAAUAACGGC